AUGCGCAGCAAGGAGCCCUUACAUGCUCGAUUUCUUGGCUGGCGGGAAUGGGGGGCUGUGAAUGACUUGACUGGCGUGGCAAGCGAUGCGGAAGAUGGUGCGGCAUGCACAGACGGCCAGAAGAUUGCUAAAGCGCGCAAGCAUGCAAUCUGGUCUGACGACUCACUGCUGGAGUGUACAGAUGGCUUUGAUUUCGGCAGCUGGCGUGAUGAGCUGAGUCUGGGUCCCCCAGCACUUGAUAAGCUGAACAAGGUCUCAGUGGUCCGCCCGCGAGUAGUCAAAGUUCUGCCUCAGCAAUGCGUAUCAAAGCCUGAAACGUUUACAAUGGCCACCUGCCCUGCUGCCCUGCUGGAAGCGCUUGAAGCAUUGCAAAAUGGCAAAGGUUUUCUGCCAGAGGCAGCGUUGCCCCCUGCCAACGAGCCUCCAAAAGGUCGGCGCAUUGAGCGCUCUCCUUGGAUUGCCAGGCUCAGAGGCCCAGAGACACGAUCACCGCGUGCGCAGCUGCUUCGCCUCACGGACGAGGCUCCAACGCCUACAUCUCACGCCAGCCUGCCACCAGCUUCAGAGGUGGAGGAGGAGGAAGUGGAAGCUCUUCGCACUUUAGCGGACCUCGCAGACAGUGAGCUGGGGAAAAUCUGCCGGGGCAGUGUCCCUGUGGUCCAGCGUGAGCUGGAGCGACAGAAUAUCGUGCGGGCACAGAUGAGAAGGCGUGUGAUCGAGGCGCUUUGUGUUGCAGCCUGGAGGAGGGACAGAAAGCGCGUCGUUCAGCUGUUGCUUUUCGCCAACGUCGAGAUGCUGAGCGGCGGCAGCACAACCUACGGAUGCGGUGAGCUGAGCUGGCACGUGCAGGGUUCCGAAUAUGAUGGCCUGAUGAGCGGCUCUGAUUCCGAGGAGGAUGGGUCGGUCAAGCUGGAGCAGAAGAAGCUGUCUGAACGUUCCAGACAACUGCGAAAGAGGGUGAAAGAUGCGGCCAUCAACGGUAUUCGCGAGAAGAAGAAGUUUGUUGACCGCAUGAAUCGGAAGAGGCGAUUUCGAGAGGCCGUUUGGAAAGCUUUGCCUCAAGCAGAGCGGGCAGCCACCGAGUCUGCCUUCAAACUCCACUGCAACCAGUUCUACACACUCACUGCCGAAGCUGCCCUGGAUGCCUUGCGCGACAUGGGCCUGCGAGGUCGGACCAUGGUUGAACGCAGCGUGGUGGAACGGGCUGUUGCAUCGCUCAUCAAGGAGCUGAUCAGCGUUGAAGAGCAAGGCAUUCAAGGCGCAUGGGGUGCUGCGCCCAAGGGUGCUCCCCAGGUGUGGUGGAGGACCCCUCGAGAGUUAUCUGCACUUCCUGUGGCGCACAUGGCUCAGGCCAAGACCAAGGCCCCGACGCAGAUGCAGCAGGCUCGGGGAGGGCGUCUGCACAAUCGUCGGGCAAGCUCCACGCAGCCUCGCCAAGCUUCCGUCAGUGUGCAAAGGUCGUCGACGAUGAAAGACGAGCAAGCUGCCAAGGAACUGGUCGCCGCCAUGGAACAGAAGACCCCACGCCCGACAGGUAUCCCAAUCGAAGCUUUCGGGGCCGAGGUGGUACCAGCAGCUCGAUGGGAGCUCUUUGAGCAAAGGACUGAGCCACAUUUCCGACUUUUUGUCAAGGAAAUCGAGGCGUCGCCAAACCCCAGCGGCCUCAGUUACGACCAGUUUCAGAAGCUGGUUGCAUCGCUGGAGCUUGACAAAGCAAAAGGCCCUCUGCCACCUGCCAUCAAGCGUGAGAAGCAGAAAAUCGGGCCAGAGACGAUCCUGGACUUGGAGAUGGUACACAUCCGACUGCUGCAGCUGGAGGAGAGGGCUGCGCGAGCUGCUAGCACUCGGGAGUGGGCAGUGGCCAGACAAGCCAAGCUCCUCGAUGGUCGCUUCAAGAAACAUAGGCCUGAGUUGCUGUGGUUAUGGGAGAUGUUUACAGCCCAUGACGAAGAUCACAGUGGAUUCCUGGGCCAAUACGAAAUUCGAAGAUUGCUGAAGUACAUGGGCCUGGAGCCCUACAAACGAAGUGUGGCCGACACGGUGGAUCACAUUAUUGGCCAAGUGGAUGAAAACCACGAUGAUGAGAUUGACUUCAAUGAAUUCCUCCUCCUGGUUGACCACCUGCGAUCAUUCAUGAUGAAGCGGAGACGAUCUCGUUUGCAGCGGGUUUUCCUGAAUCUGGAGCUAGACCAGAACAACUGCCUUGAUUUUGAUCAGAUCGUGGCAGCUCUGGCGCAGGAGGGUCUGCUUCGGUCCCGGAGCGAGUACGCGUUGGCACAGGAACUUUUGGAUGAGGAAUUUGAUCUACGGGCUGUGCUGCAACCAAGCAGUGAGGCAGACUCACCUGCCGCAAUGUCUCCGCGGAGCAGCAGCUUGAGCCCCAGGAAAAUGAGGCAACGACAGGCCAUGAUGGCGGAUGAUGCUGGAAGUGUCGACUUCUACGGCUUCUGUCUCAUCUAUCAAUUGGUUUGGGAGCGGCUGAGCCAGCUCCUGGGCGAGCGCAUCUGCCAGGCCGCAAAAGCGUUGAACUUCACCAUGACAGAGCUGUCAGAUAUCCAGGGGGCCUUCGACAUGGCAGACAGGGAUGGCGAUAACAAGCUGACUCGUGCUGAACUGCGAGAGGUUCUGAUUCCAUUGAUCGUGCGGAUGCCAGAUGAACAGCAGCUAAAGCAUGUGCUGGCAUCUAUCGAUUCUGAACGCACAGAGGGGAUAGACAUCUUUGAGUUCCUCCAAAUACUACGCUCCUUGGUGACGGGACCAAACGGAAUGGUCCACAUGUACAAGCCCUUCUCAUUGAUGGAGAAUGUCACGUUUGACAAGCAGCAAGAACUCCUCGGGGUUUGGCCGAUCUCGGACUCAUAUAUCAAAAACCUGGAUGCCAAUGAGCUUAUGGAGAUGCUGAGCAAUUUCCUCGGUGUGCGGCCAGAGCAAAACUUGCGCGAGCUACCAUAUCCCAUCAGCAGCUUCCGGAAGUUGAAGGAGUUUGCAACGCGACAGGCUGAGAAAGCUACGCAGCGACACAGGUUCUGA